CUAACAUCUUACACGGGCUGCCCUUGUGAAAAAAAACCCAAACCUCCUCGCAGCCCCGGCCGCCGUCUCCACCCAAAAAGGUACGAACUUCCUCUUCCCCGGAAUUCCAUUCCUAUCAAAUUGAACCAUAAACCAGUAACCAUCAUCAAUGGCCGACCCGACCCAACAACCCCAACCCGAAUCAACCACACCCGACACCCGAAAGCUCCGAAACAUCUGCGUCCUGGCCCACGUCGACCACGGCAAGACGACCCUCUGCGACCACCUCAUCUCCGGCUCCGACAGCGGCAUCAUCCACCCCAAGCUCGCCGGCCGCCUCCGCUACAUGGACUCCCUCCUCGAGGAGCAGCGCCGCGCCAUCACCAUGAAGAGCUCCUCCAUCGCCCUCCGCCACCGCGGCCACUCCGUCACCGUCAUCGACUCCCCGGGCCACAUGGACUUCUGCAGCGAAGUCUCCACCGCCGCCAGGCUCAGCGACGGCGCGUUGAUCCUAGUCGACGCCGUCGAGGGCGUCCACAUCCAAACGCACGCCGUCUUGCGCCAGGCCUGGAUCGAGAAGCUCACGCCGUGCUUGGUGAUCAACAAGAUCGAUAGGUUGAUCGCCGAGCUGGGAAUGAGCCCUAUGGAUGCGUAUGUAAAGUUGUUGAAGAUUGUUCAUGAGGUUAAUAACAUUGUUAGUGCUUUUAAAUCUGUGAAAUACUUGAACGAUGUGGAUGCCAUUCUUUCGGGGCCGGCCGGUGCCGAAGAGUUGGCGUUUGAGGAGAUUGAUGAUGAUGAGGAGCUCAUGUUUCAGCCCCAGAAGGGCAAUGUGGCCUUUGUGUGUGCUUUGGAUGGUUGGGGGUUUAGUAUUAGGCAAUUUGCCGAGUUUUAUGAGGCGAAAUUCGGGUGGAGUACUAAUGCAUUGCAGAAGGCUUUAUGGGGGCCUUGGUAUUUUAAUCACAAGGAGAAGAAGAUUGUGGGACAGAAGGGUGUGGCGGGUUUGAAAAAGGCUCGGCCGAUGUUUGUUGAGUUUGUGCUUGAGCCGGUUUGGAGUGUGUACCAGGCGGCUUUGAAGGAGAAGGAGGAGGCUCAAGUGAUGGUUCAGAAGGUGAUUAGAACGUUUAAUUUGACUAUACCACCUCGGGAUUUGAAGGGUGACCCAAAAGGUAUGGUUCAGGCUGUGAUGAGUCGGUGGCUUCCUCUGCAUGAGGCUAUCUUGAACAUGGUUAUUAGGUGUAUGCCUGACCCGAUUGCAGCACAGUCAUUUCGGAUUACAAGGUUACUUCCAAAGAGAGAGGUUGUGGGAGAUGGGGUUGAUGCUAAUGUACUUGCAGAGGCGGAGCUUGUGAGAAGUUCGGUGGAAGCUUGUGAUUCUAGGCCUGAAGCUCCUUGUGUUGUUUUUGUUUCGAAAAUGUUUGCUGUGCCAACGAAAACACUUCCAAAGUAUGGCUUGGAUGGGGAGAUUUUGGAUAAUACAUCUGAUGAAGGUGAAUUGGAUGAGUGCUUCCUUGCGUUUGCAAGGAUCUAUAGUGGGGUUCUUCGUCCUGGUGAGAAAAUUUAUGUGCUUUCAGCUUUAUAUGAUCCCUUAAAAGGGGAAUCAAUGCAGAAGCAUAUUCAGGUGGCUAAGUUGCAUUCUCUGUAUCUCAUGAUGGGCCAAAAUUUACAGCAUGUGCCAGAGGCGCAGGCAGGGGAUAUUGUGGCAAUCCGAGGCCUUGGGCAGCAUAUACUGAAAACUGCAACACUUUCAUCAACAAAGAACUGUUGGCCUUUCUCCAGUAUGUCAUUCCAGGUUUCUCCCACUCUGAAAGUUGCAAUUGAGCCAUCUGAUCCUGCAGAUAUGGGUGCAUUGAUGAAGGGUUUACGGCUGCUGAACAGGGCAGACCCUUUUGUAGAGGUCACAGUUUCUGCUAGAGGAGAACAUGUUCUGUCUGCUGCAGGAGAAGUACAUCUUGAAAGAUGCAUAAAAGAUUUGAAGGAUAGAUUUGCAAGGGUAGGCUUGGAAGUGUCUAAGCCUCUUGUGUCUUUUAAAGAGACCAUUUUGGGAGAUGAAUCCACACUUGAGAACUUAAAAUCCUUUGUUGCCAGUUCAGAAUAUGUUGAGAAAGUGACACAAAAUGGAAGGUGUGUUGUUCGGGUGAAGGUCCUGAAGCUCCCACCUUCUCUAACCAAGGUGAUUGAUGAAAGUUCUGAUAUUCUAGCAGAUAUCCUUGGAGGCAAGGCUGCCCAGACAGGAGAGACCAAUAAAAGUUUAAACACACAGGUUGCAAGCACUGUAGAGGAUGCGAAUCCAAUUGAAACACUAAGGAAACGUAUGAUGGAAGCUGUGGAAAGUGAUAUUUUGUCUAGUGGUGAGACUGACAAAGAUCGGGCUGAGAAAUGUAAAGUCCAAUGGCAAAAACUUCUUAAAAGGAUCUGGGCACUUGGCCCUUGGCAUAUUGGCCCUAACAUCCUACUUGCUCCAGAAAUGAAAGGAAAGGGUACUGACUCCUCUGUGCUCAUCCGCGGCUCCUCUCAUGUUUCUGAGAAAUUAGGAUUGGUGGAUGCUUCUGACAAUGAUAAUGCAGCUGCUGACACAUCUUCAGAAGUAACUGAAGCAUUGUAUGCUGAAGCAGAGCGCCUUCAUAGCAGCGUUUUAUCUGGGUUUCAACUGGCAACAGCAGCUGGACCUUUAUGUGACGAGCCUAUGUGGGGUUUAGCAUUUGUGGUUGAAGCUUACAUUUCACCAUUAGCUGCUCAGUCUGAUGAGUUAGAAACCUCCCACCAGCAACCUGAGCAAUAUGGUAUCUUCACAGGACAGGUAAUGACAGCCAUUAAGGAUGCUUGUAGAGUAGCUGUGCUUCAAAAGAAACCACGGCUUGUGGAAGCUAUGUACUUCUGUGAGUUGAUCACGCCAACUGAACAAUUGGGUAAUAUGUAUGCUGUGCUUGGACGAAGGCGGACGAAAGUUUUAAAGGAGGAAAUGCAGGAAGGCUCUGCAUUGUUCACUGUACAUGCCUAUGUGCCGGUUUCUGAAAGCUUUGGUUUUGCGGAUGAGCUUAGAAGGUGGACUGCUGGAGCUGCAAGUGCUCUUCUUGUGCUUAGCCACUGGGAAGCUCUUGAUAAGGAUCCUUUCUUUGUACCAAAAACGGAUGAGGAAAAAGAGGAGUUUGGUGAUGGUUCUAGUGUGCCUCCAAAUACAGCAAGAAAACUGAUAAAUGCUGUAAGACGGCAGAAGGGUCUUCCAGUGGAGGAAAAAGUAGUGCAGCACGCGACAAAGCAGAGGACCUUGGCUCGUAAAGUGUAGCCCGCUGGGAGAAAGCUGAGGAAUAGGUACUUGAGUGUAUAAAGACUUGUAUGACAUGCUUUAUCCCAAGAGGCAACAAGCAUGGCAGAUUUCAUCAUUGCAGCCCCAUGUGUAGUAGCAGCUGUAAAUCAAGUAGUC